UCACAUCACAUCACACUUCACUCUUUUCCUUCCUUUACUCUUCGCUACGCUCCAUGGGCUAGAAUCUCUCUCUCUCUCUGCCAUCAUCACACUUGACAAGAGAGAAGAGAAGCAGCAGAGAGCUAGAACUAGAAGACGGAGGAGGAGGCCCCACUACCCCCAGCAGCAGCAGCAAGCUGAUGGCCAUGGCGUCGCCUCCCUGGCGCACGACCUCCUCAACUUUGAGAGCGCGUCCAUGGUUCCUGAAGGGCUCAGGCAGCAUGUUACGGCGUCCAAGAAAGCACAGAUUAAAUGGUACCAGAAUAUGUUGGAGGCAUAUAAGAAUGCCAGAACCCCACCGAGAACACCGGAAGAGGCUGCACAACUAGUUGUAUCAGCCCUAAACUGGAUCCAGAGUGCUGAUUUGGAGGGUAUCCUCGAAUUCUACAACUUCCCCAUCCCAUCACUACCUGCAGCAUCCUCAAACCACCGUCCAUCCUCGCUGCCAGAGGGCGUGCAGUUUGUCUUGAAUACUUUGCCGGUUAAUAACCAAAACAUUGGAGAUGGCGAUGGCUUUACCGCUUAUGUUGCCACAACCGAUCCGAGGGAGUCUGGGAAUGUUCCUAUAGAAGUACAUGAGAUGGUGAUUGCGAGGACUGAAGCACGCAAUCGUAGGGAUUACAAGAGUGCCAAUGCACUUCAAAGUAGCCUUAAAGAAGCUGGAUACAAGAUAAUCAUCUGUUCAGACGAAGAGAUCCUAGCAAGGAAAUACCGAAUCAGAAUGAGGGGAAUUGACGCACCAGAACUUAAGAUGACAUAUGGAAAGGAAUCAAAGAGUGCUUUGGUGAAGCUCAUUGGUGGGAAAAGAACCACAAUUCAUGUGUAUGGGCAGGACCAGUUUGAUCUCUAUGUUGGUGAUGUCUAUUGCAAUGGUGUGUUCAUCCAGGAGAAAAUGCUGAAGAAUGGUCACGCAUGGCAUUUUACGACCUAUGACAAGCGCCCAGAGUUUGCUAAAUGGGAGAGAGAGGCAAGAGCUGCACAGCGAGGGCUCUUUGCCUCACUCAACCCUGAGAAGCCGUGGGACUGGCGAAGAGAGCAGCGCAAUGGUGGCAUUCAGGUCUACUAAUGGCUCCAUCCAUGAUCCAUCCAUGUCUCGAACUAAUGGUCGGAAAGGUGUGUAUAGUUUGGUAACUAGGGUGGAUCUUGAUCAGCAUCACCAUGCUGCAAACUAAAUGUGCAGUAUGUUUAUGUAUGCCGCGAGAGUAAUGCUUUCUAAUUCGGCCUAUGGCCAAGACUCCUAAACCUUCUUCUUAAUCAAUGAAAAUGGCAAAUCUUUUCAAGUUGCA